CCCUUCCGCCCCUCGCUCCUUUUCCUUCGAAAACUCACCUUGCUAUGACAGCCCUUGUUGUGAUUUGCUCUCAAUAAUUUUAAUCGUGACAGGAUAACAAAUCCUACUUUAGCAGAACUAUUUAUGGUUUUUUGAAGCUGUAUUUAAGUGGUCCAACCCUGAAAUCAUAGUGAACUGUGCGCAAUAAGCUUUCCUUCGCAACCCACCAACAACCGCACUAUGAGCCCCUUAUCACUAAUUUAAUAUUAUCUGUUCCUUCCUUCCAUCUCAAGCUAUUAAUUAUUUAAGCUUUGUGUAUUAAGUGCAUUCCACUUUAGUUUUCAAGUCAACAUGUAUCGUUUGGGUCUCUGCCUUUCCAGUCAUCAAUUGGAGCAUCUCUCCAAAAGACAUUUACAUGUUCCUGCUAAAGUACACGCAAAUAUUUGUCAAUCUCGCAAGGGCAACUUGGUCAUUCAAUCCGUUCGCACUGCGAGCAGUGCUCCUCAAAAGAAGGGUGGUCGUUUUCUGUUCUACACAAUCAGCCUUGCUACUUUAGGCACAGGCGGUGUAAUUUUGUAUGCCCAGUAUGAUCCUGAAUUCCGAUCUUGGCUUGACGGAAAUGUUCCUGGUAGCGAUAAGUUCAUCAAAGUUGUCAUGCAAGAGGAAAAAUCUAUCAUAGAUUCUACCACAGAUUAUCUUUCAGACAUCAAAGACCAAACCAUCACAAGUGUCUAUAAUUUGGCUGGCUUUGGAGAGUCCUCAGAAAACAAAGGAGAUGCAGGCUCGCCCAAAGGGAGUGGAGAUUCAAAACCUCUCUUGUCUGCAAAAGAAGAUUCAAAGGUAUCUGACAAGAGUCAAGAAAAACCGUCCAAAGUCCAAGACCACUCGAUCAGCAAGCAAAACAAAGAUGACAAGCGAUCAGAUAUUCAGCCUCAAACUUUAACAUCAUUUGAAAUCGAAUUGAAUCGAUCGAAAAGAGAUGCAAUCAAAGCCUAUGCAGACUCAGUUCAGGCUGUCAAAGAACACUACGAUGCUGUUUACCAGCUGGUUGAAGCCUCCGUUUCAGAGAGCUCUCCCAAACUUUGGAAUACAAUAAAGCAGAUUACAGAUCAGAAAGAAAGAAAGUUAAAGAUUGCUCAGGAGAAUGCUCAAACCGCCAGGCAAAAACUAAACAAAUUAAAAGAACUAGCGGAAUCAUCAAAGAUCGAUGGUAACAAAGACGCCUUAGCAGCUGCCAAACUUAAUGUUAAGAGAGCUUUAGAAGAAGUUGAAAAAUCAAAAAAACUUGCGGAAAAAGAACUACAAUCUGCCUCUGUCUCUGAUAAGUACUGGAAAAAAGUGGAAGAGGCCCGCACCUAUUUUGCUGAAGAGCUGAGAGCCUUGUUUCCCGAUAUUGAGGUAUCAUCUAAUGAAAUAGUACUUGAAGAAGAUGAAUUUGACCUUUUCUUGUUCAGUGCUUAUCAAAAAGUGCUUCAUUAUCAGAAGGAAUUGGUGAAAUUGGAGACAAUAGGGGCAGAAAAACUGCGGAAAGCAAUUGAAAAUUUGAAUGCAGGGGAUUCUGUAGACAUAAGGGCUGCCAUUGAAUACGGAGUAGACUUGGAACGACGAAGACUACAAGAAGAACUGCAAGAUAAAUUGUUGGAAGGGCAAAUAGAAUUGGACCUCGAGCUUCGAAGGCAACUGCAGUAUCUGACGGAAGCUCAUCAUGAUCACUUAACAGCAGCAUUGGAGUUGAAAGAGAAGGAAAUGAGCCGGAAGGUAUCAAGAGAAAUUGAUGAAAGAGUGUCCGCUGAGAAAGAGAAAUAUAAAGCAUCUUUGGCAGGAAUGGUUGGUCGCAUGAAAGGACUAACUGAAGCCUUUGAAAAGAGAGUAGAGCAAGACAAAUUAGCACGUCAGAGUUUGUCACUUUGGAGUGCCUGUCAGUCGUUGUUAACUGCUGUUAACGCCUGGUCCCCAGAUGUUCCAUGGUCCGAGCAACUGAAGCCCCUCAAAUCCGAAGUUGAAGCCAUCGUCAAAGCAGGAGCUAAAGAUGAGUUGGUAGAAGCUAUUGUGAAGGCUAUUCCUGAGGAGGCUCUUUCAAGAGGUGUCUAUCCAGAAAAUGCUCUGAAGCAACGGUUUUUCAAGGUUGAGCAAGCAGCUUAUCGUGUUGCAAUCGUCCCUGAAGGAGGAGCCUCUCUUAGUUACUUAUUCUUAUCGUUCCUUCAAAGUUUCUUUAUCAUUCGGGCCUCAAACCCUAUUCCUGCUAGCGAGCUAGCUGAUCAGCCCAUUGAUGUCUCAGCUCUAGACAAUUAUGAUAUUUUACAAAGAGCCAGGUAUUGGCUCGACAGGGGAGAUUUAGCUCAAACAUUAAAAUACAUGAAUCUGCUUCAAGGUGGGUCAAGAGCGAUCGCCAGUGAUUGGAUGAAUGAAGUGCGACUGCUACUAGAAACAAAACAGGCAGCCCAAACUCUAGUUUUCCAUUCAACAUCAAAUGGACUAAUUUACUCCUAGGUUUGUUCAAAACAUGGCAGUAAGUUUUAAACUCACCGUUCAGUUUGAUCAUCGUUGAAUAGUCACGUAACUGUAAACAUGUAUAUCUGUAUCUAUUGUUGAAUCGUUUUUACCCAAUUUGUUGGCGACUUUCGUCAUCGGUGAUAUUGAGCUGUUAAAUAGCUAAUAAAUUGUACAUGUUCCCUUAA